AUGACUACCAGUAAAAAGAAGACCAGGAAAUUGCGAGGUCAUGUCAGUCAUGGACACGGUCGUAUUGGUAAACAUAGGAAGCAUCCCGGAGGUAGAGGUAAUGCUGGUGGUAUGCAUCACCACAGAAUAAAUUUUGACAAAUACCAUCCUGGUUAUUUUGGAAAGUUGGGUAUGCGUAAUUACCAUUUGAGAAGGAAUUCAAAAUGGUGUCCUGCUAUUAACCUUGAACAAUUGUACACCCUGAUCCCUGAAGAAACUAGGCAGAAAUACGAAAAUGACAAAGAAAAAGCCGUUGUCAUUGAUGUUGUCUCAAAGGGUUACUACAAAGUAUUGGGAAAAGGUAAUCUUCCCAAUCAGCCACUUAUUGUAAAGGCUAAAUUCUUUUCCAAGGUUGCUGAGCAAAAGAUUAAGAAAGUUGGAGGUGCCUGUGUACUUCAAGCCUAA